AAGGCCACGAGAGCUCAUGGCUGGCAUAAAUGAUAACUAGUCGUGUCUAUGAACUUGCACCCUGACUGCUAUUACACAGUGCUGCUUGAUGAGUGUUUGUUUUUGUGCAUGUGUGUAUGUGUGUGUAGGCUACGUGUGUGUGGUCAAUUCCCAGCUGACUGAAGCCUCAAGGAGCAGCGAAGAGGGACGUGUGUGUAUCGGCAGAAAGCUGCUGAAAAGGAGGCCGAUAGAGAGAUAACCUCCGAUGGGGUCAUCUUUGGUCUGCUGGGAACAUGGAUCUUGGACUGCCACUGAAGCCUAACAGCAGCGUUUACGUGACUGAAAACCUGAGGGUGGUGGUGAAAGAAGACAAUGUAAAAGAGGAGGAAUAUGAUCAUGUGAUUUCAUUUCAUGAUGAGGAAGAUAAGCCCGUUGCAGAGCUUCACUGUAAAACUGAAACGGACAUUCAAACAGACGUCGCAGAGUCAUACAGCGGGCCUACCUACAGUGAAACACUACAGACAGCCGUGGAGAUUGAAGUGAAGAAAGAAGAUGAUGAGCAGGAGAACGAUUAUCUGGUGGAAAGUGCAUCAGACCACCCACACAUAAUGCAACACCAGUUCCAUGGACAGAAUGAUCAACUCAACCUGCAACUGAAUGAAGGACCAUACUACUGCACCGUCUGCAGCAAGAGUUUCACGGCUCAGAGAGAUUUCGAGAAACACCAGCAGACACACACUCUUAACAUUAAGUCAAAGCAGAAACCUCAUAAAUGUGCCCAGUGUGGAAAAGAAUUGACAAGAUCCUCACAACUUAAACAGCACAUGCUAAUACACACUGGAGAGAAGCCUCAUAAAUGUGCCCAGUGUGGAAAAGCAUUUAAAAAACCUUCACAACUUAAACGUCACAUGCUAACACACACUGGAGAGAAGCCUCAUAAAUGUGCCCAGUGUGGGAGAAGUUUUUCACAAGUUUCAAAUCUUAAAUCCCAUAUGCUAACACAUACUCUACAGAAACCUCAUAAAUGUGCCCAGUGUGGAAAAGAAUUGACAAGAUCCUCAGAACUUAAACAGCACAUGCUAAUACACACUGGAGAGAAGCCUCAUAAAUGUGCCCAGUGUGAAAAAGCAUUUAAAAGACCUUCACAACUUAAACGUCACAUGUGUACACACACUGGAGAUAAGCCUCAUAAAUGUGCCCAGUGUGGAAAAGGUUUCACAUUUCUUUCAACUCUUAAAACACACAUGUGUUCACACACUGGAGAAAAGCCUCAUAAAUGUGCCCAGUGUGGAAAAGGUUUCACACUUCUUUCAACUCUUAAAACCCACAUGCUAACACACACUGGAGAGAAGCCUCAUACAUGUGCCCAGUGUGGGAGAAGUUUUUCACAAGUUUCAAAUCUUAAAUCCCAUAUGCUAACACAUACUCUACAGAAACCUCAUAAAUGUGCCCAGUGUGGAAAAGAAUUGACAAGAUCCUCACAACUUAAACAGCACAUGCUAAUACACACUGGAGAGAAGCCUCAUAAAUGUGCCCAGUGUGGAAAAGCAUUUAAAAUACCUUCAAAACUUAAACGUCACAUGUGUACACACACUGGAGAGAAGCCUCAUAAAUGUGCCCAGUGUGGAAGAAGUUUUUCACAAGUUUCAAAUCUUAAAUCCCAUAUGCUAACACAUACUCUACAGAAACCUCAUAAAUGUGCCCAGUGUGGAAAAGAAUUGACAAGAUCCUCAGAACUUAAACAGCACAUGCUAAUACACACUGGAGAGAAGCCUCAUAAAUGUGCCCAGUGUGGAAAAGCAUUUAAAAGACCUUCACAACUUAAACGUCACAUGUGUACACACACUGGUGAGAAGCCUCAUAAAUGUACCCAGUGUGGAAAAGGUUUCUCACUUCUUUCAACUCUUAAAACCCACAUGCUAACACACACUGGAGAUAAGCCUCAUAAAUGUGCCCAGUGUGGGAGAAGUUUCUCACUUCUUUCAACUCUUAAAACCCACAUGUGUUCACACACUGGAGAAAAGCCUCAUAAAUGUGCCCAGUGUGGAAAAGGUUUCACACUUCUUUCAACUCUUAAAACCCACAUGCUAACACACACUGGAGAGAAGCCUCAUACAUGUGCCCAGUGUGGGAGAAGUUUUUCACAAGUUUCAAAUCUUAAAUCCCAUAUGCUAACACAUACUCUACAGAAACCUCAUAAAUGUGCCCAGUGUGGAAAAGCCUUUUCAAGAUCCUCACAACUUAAACGUCACAUGUGUACACACACUGGAGAGAAGCCUCAUAAAUGUGCCCAGUGUGGAAAAGGUUUCUCACUUCUUUCAACUCUUAAAACCCACAUGCUAACACACACUGGAGAGAAGCCUCAUACAUGUGCCCAGUGUGGGAGAAGUUUUUCACAAGUUUCAAAUCUUAAAUCCCAUAUGCUAACACAUACUCUACAGAAACCUCAUAAAUGUGCCCAGUGUGGAAAAGAAUUGACAAGAUCCUCACAACUUAAACAGCACAUGCUAAUACACACUGGAGAGAAGCCUCAUAAAUGUGCCCAGUGUGGAAAAGCAUUUAAAAUACCUUCAAAACUUAAACGUCACAUGUGUACACACACACAAUCUUAA